UAAGUGGGUUACACAAACUGAGAAAGUAAAAAAGCGUUAGGUUGUGCCCCGCUCUCUCCUAGGUGAGUUCAAAUUUGAGGUCACAAGUACUCUGUGACCCGAUGUUUGGCCCGCCGGUUAUGCACGGUACGCGCGCCGGUAACUUUCCGCGUCGAUUCACGUUUUCGCUGUCACGGUAACACCUGCCAACUUCCUUUUUCAACGACGGCACCCAGCCCUAUCGGUAACAACGCUCAUAAACAGGUUCCUCUCACGCGCCUGCUCUCAGAACAUUUGAGAGACCGGAACGGGAGCGCGCAGAGUUAUCUAUCAUGCCUUUCCUUCCUUACAGUUCUGAGAAUCUUCACGAGCUGCACCUCAUAGUCUGAUACACCCUACAAGGAAGCGCCUUCCUGUGUAUUGCACGUAUUUUUAGGAGCAAACGAAUGAGAUGUAGGCUAUCUCUUAAAAAUAUAGAUUUUGCUUACAUUUAUAUAAUUGUUAUAUGAAACGAAGACGCGCCUGGACUUCCACCUGCUUUCUCUGACGGGAAAUAGCCUAUUCGUUUGACCGAGAAAAAAAAAUCGGAUUACGGAUAAAACUUCAUUUGGAUUUCUAUGGAUGACAUCUUGACAUCUCAGGCUAAACAAACUGACCUGUUCUUUUUCCAAACUACUACAAGUGCAACUGAAGAUCAGGAAAGACUCACCAGGAAUAGAUGUAUAAACUGAAGAACUUCGUGUGGGAUGCAUUUCCAUCUGUGUUGAGGCUGUUAAACCAUAGCCAGUGCAACACAUGCUUUUUACAUGAAGCUUCUGAUGAAAAAAGCAGCAGAUGACCAGCAAUGAAGGCAGAUUGUCUCUGACACAAAGAGAUGAAACGAGAACGUUUUAAGCCCCCGCAUCCAGAUGACCCUCUGUGCUGCUGUGGAGACAUCGACCAGCAAAGAGAGUACUGCUGCUGUGACUGUGAAGAACUUGAUGAUGCCUGUGAAAGGUUACUCAGAGGAGAGCCAGACAAGCCAGACAUCUUCUCUCGUUUCAUCUCUCAUAUGGCUGAUUGUUUGGGUUUGCCAUGUUGUGCCAUAGGACCCCUUCGAUUGGAGCUCUCUGUUUUACCUCCCAUGGUAUUAAUUCCUGGCCUGUUGCGAGUGGCGGCAAUUAAUUGUAUCUUGGGAGUUGUAGUCUUAACUGCCCUACCAGGACUGGUGCUUUGGUAUUACUAUGUGACUCACAAAAGGAAAAGACGCACAUUGUUUUUCCUUAGUUUGGCACUUUUCUCCCUUGCCUAUAUGUACUACCUUUUCCUUACUGAGAUCGUUCCCAGAGGAGACGUAAGUAAUCUGCAGCUGGUUACCGUGACGACAGGCAUGAUGUCGACGCUUAUCUCCCUUGUGCGCACCAAACAGGGACCAGGCCUUGUCAAAUCCCAAUCAUUAGCUCUGGGAAUCAACAGUAGCUCUACAACCAAUCAGAGCACAAACUUACCCAGAGACUCUACCACCUACAAUGGAAUCAGCCAGUCAAAGGGGGAGAAGGAAGGAAAGAAAAAGUUAUGCCCUGUGUGCAGACUGGUGCGCCCACCAAGAGCUGGGCACUGCAGGAUCUGUGGGGCAUGUGUCCUACGAAUGGACCACCACUGUGUUUGGAUAAACAGCUGUGUAGGCCAAGCCAAUCACAGGCAGUUCAUUUUGACGCUUCUUCUCUUCCUAUUGACAUCCUUCUAUGGGAUCAAUUUGGUGUUACGAAGUGUAUGUCCUCGACAGAGUCUAUUCACAGCCAUGUUAUACUGUCCCGGAGUCUACAACCAAUACAGUGCAGAUCUCAAGCCAACUGAACAUCUGUGGGAUGUGCUGGACCAAUAAGUUCGAUCCACAGCGGCUCCACCUCACAGCCUGGAAUUGAAGGAUCUGCUGCUAAUGUCUUGGUGCCAGAUACAGGAUGGCUACAGGGGUCUUGUGGAGUCCAUGCCUCAGUGGGUCAGCGCUGUUUUGGCAAUACAUGGAGGACCUCAUUCUAGGCAGGUGGUCAUAAUGUUUUGGCUCAUCGGAGUAUGGGCAUAUUCAAUUAGGUUCAAAGUGUUAUGCAACCACAGCAGCUAUUUCAUGAAAUUAAACUGCCUGGUGGUCGCACAUAUAAUGAAUCUUUGCCCAUGAAGGCUGUUACUUUAUAGCACAUAAUCAAAUUGUAUGAAUGCAACAUGCUGCAAUGAUCAAACAUAAGUAACUUUGUAAUCUUAGUAGCAAAUCAAGUAUGUGUGUUUUAAUGACAAGUGUAAGAAAUAUUAGUAGUAUAAGUUGUAAUGAAUUAGUGAUGAUCAAAGCCCAGAAAAUAAAUCUCACAACCUGAAAUGUCCCUGCAUUAUUGCAAUUAAGAAAUGUUUCAGUGAUUGUUAGAUAUUUAUAAUUAUUUAUGACAAUGGUUGACACCAUUAUAUGAGAACUGAACUGAGCUGGACGAUGACAUCACUGUUUUCUCCAGAGCUGCUGUAUAGAUAAAUGAACUUAAUUAUUAAUUAACUAAUGAUUUUUACAAUGGAAAUGAAUCAACACUGAACUUACUUAAACUAGACAAUUACUUUCUUUUAGAGCUGCUUUACAGCCUUUGCUGCAUUAUUUUCCUGUUAUCUCUGUGAAGCUGCUUUGAAACAAUCUGUAUUGUCAAAAGCGCUCUAUAAAUAAAGGUGCUGACUUGACUUUAUAAAUAUUAUAUUUAAAAUAUUAAAAUAGUUCACCCAUGAAGUUCUUUCAUCAAUCACUCACCUUUGCGUUAUUUCAAAGUGCUCUUGAUAUUUCGGAUGGGGGUGUUGAAUAGAGACAGACCAUUUUUGUGUAGAUAUUUCCUUUUUAAAGUGGGACAUCUAUUGAAACCUUAAAACGAUAUAGUUCACCCAAAAAUGAAAAAUGUUGUCAUCAUUUAAAGGAGAGGAUCAUUUAAAAAAUGCCUGUGGUGUUUGUCCAUAAAGUGGUGACCAAUGUCCAAUAUACUCACUCUUAUGAUGUUCCAAACCAACUGAUUUUGCCCUUACAAUGAAAGUCAAUGGGGCCUAGUGUUGUUUUGGACGCCACUGACUUUCUUUUGUCUUUCACAGAAGACCAAUGAAAUUCAGUGAGGUUCAAAACAACAUUAGACACCAUCAUAUGGACA